AAACAAUUUUGAAAUAAAAAAAACGGUAUAUUUGUUUGUGUGGUAAAAUCAAAUACAAUAUCACUACAAUAGUUGAUAAAAUAGAAAAUCAUUUAGGACAUAAAAUUUUGUAAUUAAUAUUUGUAGCAUUUAUUGAAGUAAGUUAUUUAGAAAUGAGUACAUCUGUUGCAACAAAUCCAUCUACUUUAUUACCACUUGAACUUGUUGACAAGUGCAUUGGUUCGAGGAUACAUAUAAUAAUGAAAAACGACAAAGAAAUUGUGGGUACGUUGUUGGGGUUUGACGAUUUCGUCAACAUGCUUCUGGAGGACGUAACGGAAUACGAGUCCACCCCCGAAGGCAGGCGCAUAACGAAGCUCGACCAGAUCCUCCUCAACGGCAACAACAUCACGAUGUUGGUACCAGGUGGUGAAAUGCCAGAUACGUAAAUAAGAAAACAUCUUCUCUACAACAUGAUACCUACUUUUCUUCUGUGAAGUUAUGAUUUUUUAUAAUAUUACAAUAAAACAAAUUGUAUAGUAA